AGCCCUUUAAGUAAAAAAAAAGGGCUUUGUCGUGUGGAUGGGUGCAGAGUUAAAUCGAUUUAACGCUGCUAAAUUCGACCUCAACUCCUAGUGUAGACCAGGGCCUAGAUUAGCAAGAAGAGUCGUCCCAGGUAUCUCCUUUCCAAUCAGUCCUUCUAAAACUCUAUAUAAUCAAAGGGUGCCAUGUAAAGCCUGUACUGGAUGCCUGUGCCACACUGAUUGUCAUAAUCAUUGCACAGUGACUGGAUGGAUAAUAUCUAAGGUGUUAUGGUUGUCUACUGAAAUUGAUGCUUUGAAGGUCUGUGAGUUGGGGCUGGUCACCAGAAAGUGAUAAAGAAGUUUCUUUCAGGCAAGAAAUGCUUAGCUGCCUGAAUGGCUGUAUGUAGUCUGAGUAAUUAUUCACAGUGGAUGCUAAUCAAUAGAGCAAAAUUCUAAUAAAGUGAUUGCAAAGUCUCCAGAGGAGAUUCAAGACAAGAAAAACAAACAAACAAUAGGGGGUACCCUGUUUACAAGCGGACAAUGGAUGCUUGGAACUAUAUCUGGAGGUCUAGAGGUAUCCUGCACCAGGUAUCCUUCACCUAUUGGAUGAAUUGCCAACUGGCUUGUCUUAUGAAUGGAGGAUCACAUUUGGUCUGGGUGUUUCCUGCUGGGAGAGAGAUUUGGGGGAGCUAUCCCUUGUGAGACAGGGGACUGUUUGGUUCUUUAAGUUGAAGCUCUAGAAGUGUGUUAGGAUUUUAUUUUUAUGUAACCACCUGUUUACAUUAAUUUUUCUUGCUUCUUCUCAAAUCUCUGAUCUUGGUGAAUUAAACUCUACUUGUUUUCACUGUCAAUGUAUAGAAGUGUCUGAAAUGGAGCGGUGAUGCUGAGGUGAAACUGGUAAGGUGGUGUGUAGCAAACCUCUGAAUUCUGUGAGUGUCCAGUGGAACAGGGGCUGGACAUUCUGGGGAUGCCCAGAGGGCUGGGCGGGUGGAGUGUACCGAUUGCUUAUCUGUAGAAGGACAGUGGAGCCUGGAUGGGGUGAGCAGGGUGUGCUUGUGUUUCCUGUGACUGGCAGAGUCAGGAGCUGACACUUGGCAGGCACAGAGAAGGCUUCCUCAUGCUAAGGGCAGGUGGUAGUGAGGUUCCUCACAACCCUGGGUACCCUCGGGAGGUGUCAUAAAGGGUCCAUAGCACUUCAGAGAAGGUGCCUGGUCCUUCAUAGUCCAGGACCUUUUGUUCAAAGUUGAUUAGACCCAUCGUCCAUCCACUCUAAAAUCACUCCUCAAUGGUCAGAUGUCUUGGCUCCAUCUCAUUCUCCAAUUCACUGUCCAUCUGGGUUUGGGGACUGAGAGGAAUCCUCAGGCAAAGGUUCAAGAACAAGAGGCAGAGGAAGUCUGGGUUGUCGAUGUUUAUAGUUCUCAAGAGGGAAAUAAUCUUCCCAUGACACCUGAAUAUUGGAAAGUUUACAACAGAACAAGGAAGCAAAAACCAACCAAACAAACAAAAUCCCAAACCCCACAACAACCCCCAAAUUCUUGCAAUUAACCAUCUGCUUUAACCCUGGUUUUACACUCAGUUCCUAAGAACAUCUCUGGAGAUGGUAGACGACCGUGCCCGUGUUAGUUCUGUUAGUUUUUGUUUAUUUCAGGACCCUAUUUUCAGAAAACUGCAGGGAGCCAACAGAAGUCUCCCAAGAUUGCCUCAGUGUAGCCCAUCUAUCAGAGCUUAUAUAAAAACUGAUUACAGAAACCACCACUGAAACAACGGAUCUUUUAUUAACUAGGGGGAAUUGGAAUGGGAUGAACCAAGGGAAUGGGGGGGGAAACGAUUAAUACUGAACAGAUUCAACCACACACUCUUUCACAUAGGAAUUAUGAUGGGAUGAGUGAUAACUGGUCUCUGUGGACCCUGUCCAGAAGCUGCUGUUGAGACCAAGAACACCGACCUCCCGGACCACGGUCACCACUGGAACCGCUGCCACAGCGGAGGGUGGGGAUGGACGACGAUGCAUCAGGUGAGAGGCCUAACUAGCUUCCCACCCUGACCCCUUUUGCGACGUCCUGUCUGCGAGUGUGAGCCCUAAUCACUCGAGGUAAUACCCCGUGAAGGUAGGUAUGCUUCCCUUAAAAUUACAGACAUACCCCAACAAUAAACCAGACCUUUUCCCUUUAGAGGUGAGCCGUUGUCUCGGCGGAUAACGGGGUCUGACUGCUUCCCAGGGUCUGGAGCAAGCAGCAACCUCCUCUCAGCCUCUCUCCCCCUCCUCCAUUGCCUAGCAAUGGGCAUAGGUGGAACUCACACCUGGAGCAGCCAGAGAAGCCUUGAGUUGAGCCGGCAGACGGCCGGCUAUGCCAGCCCCUCCAAAGAGAUGGUUUGUUCUCUGAUUUUCCUGUAUAAGGCGCUAGGAACGUCCUUAGCAGCUUGUCAGGACCUGGUCCAUGUUAAAUCACAGAUUCAUACACUUCUGACGACAGCAGAUUAUAUGGAAGCCCCUGAGAGACAGGGAGUCAUUUCCAUCCUCGCAGUCUGUGCUGAGAGCCACUUGGACUCACCUUGAAGGCACUUCAGGAGUUUGGGGCUGCAAUGAGCAAGGUUAAGAUUUCUGGGUUCGUCAGCUGCCUGAAGGACUACCACCAUGGGACAAGAGGCAAGACUCGCUGCACCCUGAUGCUGACAUACAGCAACGUGGCUGUCCAUGCUCCAAAAGAGCAGCUUCUCUCCCGAGUAGAGGCAGACAUCACAGGGAACGUCAUUCACCAUUACAGAACCAGUUGUCAGGACAUGCACCUAAAAUUAACCCUCAUCCAGAAUGUCACGGAGAUUAGCUGUGCCAUUUUGGAGACCACAGACUCCCAGGAGUUCGAAUUCUCUUACAAACUGGAGCUCCUUGGCUACAUGCUGGACUUCAUUAAAAAGGAACCACUGGAUUCCCUGGCAUCUCCAGUUCGCUACAAGGCAAUUCUUGCCAUUAGACAUCUGAGCAAACUCAAACCAUCUUUGACCUUGGAGGAAAACCCGUGAGCUCUUUGAUCAGUGUUUCAAAAGUUUAUUUCCCCUUCCUCCCUCGGAGAAGAUGAAAGAGGAAGGUGAGACAGCAAAGGAUGCCCUGCCUAUACAGACACUGUACGUAGGGUCCUUGGAAGCCCUUGGCAAGCUAAUGAAGACUUUGCUGGAGGAAGAACCAACCGCACACUGGUUCUGGGAAAUGUUUCAAGUGAGCAGACCAUUGAACCAUGGUGGAGAUAGCUCCCGGAGGCCAAACCUUUGAAUUGCAUCCACGCUAACCCUAAUUCGAAACGGUGAUGUCGAUUUCAGUGCUAAUCCCCUCAUUGGGGAGGAGUACAGAAAUCGGUUUUAAGAGCCCUUUAUGUCGAAAAAAUGGCUUCGUUGUGUGGACGGGUGCAGGGUUAAUUCGGAUUUAACGCUGCUAAAUCCAACAUAAACUCGUAGCGUAGACCAGGCCUCUGUCAUUUUGCCACUCAACGUGGGAGAAGUUGCCCAGGGAACAGAACACAGCAGCAGACAUCAAACAGCAUGCAAUGUGGUGGACCGCUCCCAUCAGACGGUCCACAGCAGACAUCACAUACACGGACCCAGAUUCAUCUCUCAUGUAACUCCUUUGGCUUCAAUCACCAGAGGUGACUCUGGUCCCUGGGACUUGUAUAUCUAAGGGGCUCUUCCAUUAGACAUGUAAUUCCUUUGCUACAUGGAGGUUAUAUGCUUUGGAGAGGGAUUUUAGUGACAAUUAAACCUGUUUAAGAGGAACUUUUGGGAGGGAUUUUCUGGUACUAACUCUGUCCAUUCCCCUGCUCUACCAUCAGUCACUAGAGACAUGGCUCAGUUCAGGGAAGGAGUGGGAGAGAGAAAGGGCCUUGCAGGCCACCAUUCAGCUGCUGACUGCCUAUCAAGAGACAGUUCAUAGCACAGUGAGUAUAGCCUUCCUCUUCCUUGAGCUGACUUCCCUGCUUAUAUCCGAUCUGACACUCAACGCAAAUGCAUGAAAAAUUCUUCCAGGGCAGCAGCUGGGAUCUCAAGGUGACUAAGAUCCCUCUGCUUCCAUAAGAGAGAGGUUUACACAAGAAUGCUGUGACCACACUCCGGGCAGACUGCAAGAAGUUGAGGGCAGACAAUCCCCCAAACUGAUGGCUUAUUCUAGAAUUACAUUCACCAAGUCAACAGCAAAAGAGCUUCCACCCUAGUUAACAAGAUGCCAAACAUGGUCCCCUUUUGGCAUUCCAGACCUAGGCUCCCAUUUAAACAGCCAAGUCUAAUAUAGUGUGGGGUUACUGAAAACCUGAUUCACCAUAUGUGAGGUUCACCGAUCAUAAAGGACCAGAUGCUUAUCCCCAGGUCAAGGUGAAUCUCAGGUCUUUCUCAAAUAUCAUGCUGUCAGCCAAUCCUUAAUAACUAAAUUGAAGAUUUCUUCUUAAAAGAAAGAAGAGAGUUACAAAUGGUUAAAAGAUCAAUAUCCAUACAAGUGACUUUCAAUGUUCAUAGUUCAGGAUCACAACUGUGAUAGAAUAAAGUGCUGGCUUGUAAAAGUCUCUCUGGAAUCAUCCCAACAGAUCAGAAUCCAAAGGCAGCUUAGAUGUAAAGUCCGUUAGUUUUUCCAUGCAUUUUCCAGGUUCUUCCAAAUGAUGAUGGGGAAGCUCUCUGUCCUAUGGCUUACACUUUCCCUGUUCAAAGUUUCAUCAGACUAGAGAUGACAGGAUGAGGCCCGAGCCUCCUCUUUUCUAGCUAUUCUAGCAGGCUGACAAGCCUACCUCACAAAAAUGGUGACAGCAGGACCUUCCCCUGAGAAAGACUAGGCAAUGCAGAUCGCCUGUUGUACUCUGCUUUGAAGCUAAUGUUCUAUUUCCUGAGCAUACACAGUAAAUUAGUUAUACUCAUUCACAUCAGGUAAUUACAGGUUUCAGAGUAGCAGCCGUGUUAGUCUGUAUUCGCAAAAAGAAAAGGAGUACUAGUGGCACCUUAGAGACUAACCAAAUUAUUUGAGCAUAAGCUUUCGUGAGCUACAGCUCACUUCAAGGAAUGCAUCCGAUGAAGUGAGCUGUAGCUCACGAAAGCUCAUGCUCAAAUAAAUUGGUUAGUCUCUAAGGUGUCACAAGUCCUCCUUUUCUUUUUAUAAGGUGAUUAGCCGUUCUUCCAUUAUAACACAGAUAGUUAAGAUGAAGACAAUGUAGAAAUUACUAGUUUCCUGCAGUAUCUUACUUCUUUGAUUUUAAGGUUAACUGAACACCUUGCAUACAUAAUUAAGACAAUUAGACAUGAAAGGGAAUUAGCAUCUAGAAGCUAAUUUGGUUACAUUGUGAAACUUCUAACAGGGUAUAGAUAAACACCAACAAAUACACUUAGCAUCUGUUGUUCAUUUUUGAAUGACUUGAUGAUUGCUAGUCUAAUACCGCUCUUUGAAAUUCACAUGCAAGUGAACUGUCUUGAUACAGUGGAAGUGCCUCUUGUUAAGUUAUUAUGGGUCAUACACAGGUUGCCUGGUCUGCCAGUGUCACAAAUGCAUUCUUGGUUCUUAUGCUCCCAGGGUGCUAAAGGUGAAUUUCUAUUUAAUCAGCUAAGAACAUAAAACAUAAGAAUGGCUAACCUGCCUCCCGCAAAAGAAUGGUUCAUCUGGCCCAGUCUCCUGUCUUCUGACAGUGGUGGGUGCCAGAUACUUCAGAGGGAAUGAACAGAACAAGGCAAUUGUCGAGUGAACCAUCCCCUGUUGGACAGUCACAGCCCCAGGUUCUGGCAGUCAGAGAUUUAGAGACACCCAGAGCAUGGGGUUGCAUCCCUGACCAUGUUAGCUGAUAGCCAUUGAUGGACCUAUCCUCCAUGAACUCAUCUAAUUCUAUUUUUAACCAGUGAUA